GGCGGAGGGGGGCGCGGGCCCGGCCUGCCCCUGCCCUGCCCCGGGCCUGCCCUGCCCUGCCCUGCCCGCGCCCUCGGCGGCCGCCAUGGAGCUGGAGAUGCCCGAGGAGGCGGAGGGCUCGGCCGCGGCGGGGGCCGGUGCCGGCGCCAUCACCCCGGAGGGCAGCGCGGGGGGCCCGGACGCGGCAGGAGGUCUGGCACCAAAGAAAGCAGCCAUCACUGAGGGACCAUCGCUUCCAGGGCAGCCUGGCCAAGGAAAGAAGAUAGGUCAUCGAGGCGUUGAUGCUUCUGGUGAAACCACUUACAAAAAGACCACUUCAUCCACUCUGAAGGGGGCCAUCCAGCUAGGGAUUGGAUAUACUGUCGGCAAUCUGAGCUCCAAGCCGGAGAGAGAUGUCCUGAUGCAGGACUUCUACGUGGUGGAGAGCAUUUUUUUCCCAAGUGAAGGAAGUAAUCUUACCCCGGCUCACCAUUACGCUGACUUCAGGUUCAAAACCUAUGCACCAGUGGCUUUUCGGUACUUCCGAGAACUCUUUGGGAUUCGUCCAGAUGAUUAUUUGUAUUCAUUAUGUAACGAGCCUCUGAUAGAGCUGUCAAACCCUGGUGCCAGUGGCUCUCUCUUCUAUGUCACCAGCGAUGAUGAAUUCAUCAUAAAAACUGUGAUGCACAAGGAAGCUGAAUUCCUCCAGAAGCUCCUUCCUGGCUACUACAUGAACCUGAACCAGAAUCCACGGACGCUGCUGCCAAAGUUUUAUGGACUGUACUGUGUGCAAUCAGGGGGCAAAAAUAUCCGCGUGGUUGUGAUGAACAACAUUCUGCCUCGUGUGGUGAAAAUGCACCUGAAAUUUGACCUGAAAGGCUCAACCUAUAAGCGCCGGGCAUCCAAGAAGGAAAAAGAAAAGUCCAGCCCCACAUACAAAGACCUAGACUUCAUACAAGACAUGCCCGAGGGCCUGAUGUUGGAUGCAGACACCUUCAGUGCAUUGGUGAAGACAUUGCAGCGAGACUGUCUGGUGUUGGAAAGUUUUAAAAUCAUGGACUACAGCCUCCUGCUCGGGGUUCAUAACAUAGACCAACAAGAACGGGAGCGGCAGUCCGAGGGAGCCCACAGCACGUCGGAUGAGAAGCGCCCCGUGGGGCAGAAGGCACUUUACUCCACGGCCAUGGAGUCCAUCCAGGGGGGGGCUGCCCGGGGGGAGUCCAUAGACACAGACGACACGAUGGGAGGAAUCCCAGCAGUGAAUGGCAAAGGAGAGCGUCUCCUGCUCCACGUAGGAAUAAUAGAUAUUCUUCAGUCAUACAGGUUCAUCAAGAAGCUGGAACAUACCUGGAAGGCCCUUGUCCAUGAUGGGGACACAGUGUCAGUACACAGACCCAGCUUUUAUGCAGAGAGAUUCUUCAAAUUCAUGACCAACACGGUGUUUCGAAAAAAUUCCUCUCUGAAGUCAUCUCCCUCAAAGAAAGGGCGUAGUGCCUUGCUAGCUGUCAAGAUGCCUGGUCCAACAGCUGCGUUCUCAGCUAGCCAGCUCCCCUCUGAAAAGGACGAAACCCAGUACGAUCUCCGUGCAGCCAGGAGUUACCCCACCCUUGAUGAUGAAGGUACUAAACUUAACCAGGACAGGGGAGAAGCAGGCAGGCCAGACCUGCUCCCCUGCACACCUCCUUCCUUUGAAGAAGCUACCACGGCCUCCAUAGCCACAACACUCUCUUCAACAUCUCUCUCUGUUCCUGAGCGAUCCCCCUCGGAGACAUCUGAGCAGCCCAGGUACAGGAGGCGCACACACUCCUCAGGGCAGGAUGGCAGGUCACACGAGGAGGUGCGGGUUGAAGAGGAGCUUCAGCAGAUCAGCGUAGAGCUGGAGCCCAAGUGUGAUGUUGAGAUCGUAGCUCCUGAAGAAGACGACAAAGAAGAGGCGGCUUCUUCAGCCUGUGCCAUUGGAACAUCCACGGCUACAAUAGAGGUGGAGACAGCCAGCCAGGCCUCCGAACCAGCCAGCCAGGCCUCGGAUGAAGAUGAUGUGCCAGUCACAGACAUAUACUUUCCGACAGACGAGAGGAGUUGGGUUUACUCCCCGCUCCACUAUAGCGCUCAGCUCCACUCUGUCUCCGAUGAGGAGAGCGAUACAUAAUCUCUAUGCAGACACAGAAGCCCCAGAGAGCAGCGAUUCCCUCUGCAGGUCGAUGUGUUCCCUUUUCGUUGAUGCAGCCGUUCCAGUGGGAUGGGGAAGAGCUUGCCGACACCAGUAUUGCUGCACUGCAGGAUCCCGGGCACUGCAUUUCAGAACGGAGCAAAACUAUAACCGUCUAUUUCUACUUAUCCCAGAUGUGGGCAGCAAAGAAACCACCCACUCACCCACAGCUCCCAACGGAGACAUCCAGCUGGGUGUAGAGAAUCCUGGGUAGUAACACAGUGUUUUCCAGAUGUGCACUACCGUAGCUACCUAUCCAUGUGUAAUACUGUGAACCUUUUUAAUUUUUUAAUCAUGUAUUUAUUUCUUUUAUCUUUGCACAGAGACAGCACAAAUGUGCUUUUUUAAACAUUUAGUUUACUGCACUUUUUUUUUUUUUUUGGUUGUCAUAUAUUUGUGCAUCAGAAAGGAGUGUGAGACCUCACUGGAGAAUUGGUAGGAGCACGUUGCUGGGGAGGGCAGGGAGCGGAGUGGCUUCCCUUGAGGCAGCAGCGUGGUCUGACCAACUGAUGGAGUCGGGAGGUGUAAGGCUGUCCAGGCUCUGCCACGGUUUUGCCGAGUGACCUAAGGCAAGUCACUUAACCACUCUGUGCCUCGGUUCCCCUGUGCUGAUGGGUGUGCAGUUCCCACUUCCAUUAAAGCACUUAAAGCCUGGGAUGAAAGGUGCUAUGUAAAUGCCAUGUAUUAAAGGCCAUUGAGUAGAAUUGCUCCCAUGUUACAGUAGUCCAAAGUAGCCAUGCCAAUUCACUUGGAUUCAAAAAUCGCUAGUGACUUCUCUAGAUCCGUAACGCUGUGUGGGGGAAGCAAGCGAUUCCUGGCAACGCUGAUGUGGUCACCUCGGCUCUCUGGACGUCGCAAUGGCUUCAGCCUUCACCGUGUGCCACGCUACUGUCACCCCGUCCCUCUGUGCUUGGAAGCCCACGCUUCGUCCUACCGGCCGCUGCACCGCCGUCCGCGCCAGCCGCUGCCCGCUGGCAGGCAUGGACAGAUGAGGACUGGGCGCCUCCAGGGAUCGGUCCCCGCUCUGCCAGCCCCGGUGUAGCUCGCCCGGACACCGCAUCCCACUGGAGCCACUUAGCACCUCGCAUGCUCACGGGUGUAUCCGACCGCCAGUGACUCGGGGGUCGCGGACAUUGGGUUCACACGUAUCCUCCGUACCUCAGGGCAGUCAGGGAGCUGCGUGCACGUCCACGCCUACUGGAGGCAGAAACCAGGCACCUGGCUCCAGCACCCAGUUGCGCCGGGCGGUAUUGUGUGCAUAGACUCUGUUGGACACAAAGCUGGGUGACUCGGAUGUUGCCUGUGGCAACGUCUGCUAUUGGAAAUCGCUGCUUCGGAUGUCUGAGACACGGAUAGUUUGCUCUUGGAGGGCUGCACGCUGUAGCCAAGACAAGAUUUGGUGUCGCUUGGCAGUGCUCGGUUUAGGCUCAUCCUUCUGUCAGCAGGACACCGUAGCAUCUUGAACUCCAGCAAUCCCAUCCUCUCCCAGAGAGAAGAAAUGAAACCCUUUAGACAAGGAGGCGACAGGUCUUGUUUGUGUGCUUUACAUGCCAAGAGAGGGGGUCAAAAUCUCUUUAUUCUCAUCACAAUCUUCAGCUGUCCUUGGGAUUCCUUGUAGAGGAAUGUAGAAGAGGAACCCUCCUUCUGGGGCUCUGUCCCUUUCCAUCUGUCUUCGCAGCAGCACUCAGGACUGGUUGAUUCAGGUCCCAGAAGGUAACCAGGCUGGUGGGAAGCUCUUCCCCUCUGCGACGUGAUGAAGUUGGCGAGGAUCUUCGUGAAUUGACAUUGUUUCUUGCCUAGAAGUAUGGGACCCAAACUUCACCCCAUGCCUGCAGAUGCUGAAGGCUGUACAGUGUGCUGCUCUCGGAGUGCAGGCUGGGGGUCUUGCAAGCUGCUGCCAUUAGAUGUAUUCAUGUAUUUACCAAAUAAUCUAUCAAAAGUCUUUCAAGACAUUCUCCCCUUUCAGUUGCUACUUGACAGCUUGUUCAUCUAGCUCGUAGCAUCGCUCCAUGACAGCCCCUUCAGUAGGCUGGGAAACAGCUCCUAACCCACCCCAUCUCCCUGUGCCAGCCCUGGGGGGGUGCUGCAGGCUGCAUGUUGAGUGCUGCGGGGGGCUCAGUAGUUGGGCAGAGGGGAGCCGGGAGUAGUGCAAUACCUACAGACUAACGUGCCUCUGGGCUGAAAGCGUGAGGCUUCAAAAUGCUAGAAAUUCAGCCUUUGUUCGUUUCCUCCAGAAGCCCGAUGCUGCACUUGGAGAGGCCGGAGGAAGCCAUGUCCCUUCUGCAUCUUCAGAUGUCACUCUCGGGCGUUGCGCUGGGGAACGCGGCUCUGGGAGGGAGCCAGGAGGCUGGGCUCAGCUGAGCCCCAGCUGCACGGGCACUUCCUCGCUCGUGGGGCCACUGGGGUUAGCUGCAGCAGGCCUUUCCCACCAACUGAAAUCAGGCAUCUCGUUUAAGAUGGUUCAGGCAUCACUGUCUAAGAGCUGAAAUCAAGACUUCUUUCCUUCCCUGAGUUUCAGGGGUCUCUAAAGCUGCUUAGCCUCUGUGCAGGAAGCAUCUGAGCCCAACCUUCAUGGAGUAUCUCGGUGAAUGAACUUUGCAGGCUCAAGCUAGCUUGGUCCCAGAAGAUACGGGAAAGCCCAAAUCUCCUUUUGCAGCACGUUCAUUCCAACUGUUGUCAUUCUUCAGGUGUCCAGGCUUUUUGAGACAAUCCUUCUGUGUGCAAUCCUAUAAUGCUGAACCCAUUGGAGCGAGCAGGUCUGUAAAAGAUGAGAGCAAAGGGAUGGGAGCAACUUUGUCAAUGUGAGUGGGGAAAAAGGAGCCUUCUUUUAGGGAGAUGCUGAUCCCAAAUGGAAACUACUCCUUGCCAGGCCCAUGCACACUUCCUGCUGUCAUCUCCUGCCCAGGUGUCUGUGCUGGAGAGCAGCUGAGACUUCACAAGGCUACAGGACCCUGGGGUUCAAGGCUUGCUCGUUACCCACCUCUCUGUGCUAUUCCUGCCCACUGCGUUGCAGUGGGGGAGCACUGGGGCACUGUGGGGCACUUCCCAUGCCUUGUCAAUGGUGCCUUUGCAGGGCACAGCAGAGUCGAGGAAGGGAAGAACUGGGUCUUGCCCUUGGGAAAGAGCAUCAGCCCUUCUUUGGGGAGGAGAGCCCUUGCCACUCCUUGGCCUGAGCUUCUCUCUAGCUGUGUGCCCAGCUCACUUGCAGAGCGGGUCAUGGGUGUUUUUGCUACGGCUUUCUCUAGUGCCCCAGAAGAUUGCUGCCUAGUGCUGUCACCAGCGUACCCCUACAUCUCAAAAAGGAGGCACCGCAUCUCCUGCUGGUCCACGGGUGCAGGGCUCGAGGACUCCAGGGCUGUCUCUGCUGUCAGUCACCGCUGCUUCCUUGGUGCCUGGCUCAGCCGUGUGUGCUGAGGUUGCACGUUGGCUCUGGGCACGGGGCUGGCACCGCUGCGGCAGGGCCUGGGUCACCCUCGGUGCCGGCUGGGCUCCCGAAAUGUGCUGUGGUCCUGCCCAGCACCUUCCGUUCCCCGCUCAGUGUCACCUCCAGCUCUCGCCCAGCCGGACAAAAGCCGCGGCCCCCGCGCCCUGGCUCGUGUCUGCUUUUCUCUCUGUUGAUGUCUACGUUAGACCCGGGUCUCCUCUAUCGGAUGCUCGUGCUCCCGCUCAUUUCCCACGUCUGCUCCGUGCGUGCACCGUGUAAUGAAUGUAUGUAAUUAGGGGGGGCCGAGAUGGGAUGCCGACCGGGGGUGUUGUCAUGGCUCUCUUCUUUAUGUUUUUUUUUUUUGGGGGGGGGGGGUUACGUCAUGAGCGCUUUUUUCUUUUCUUCCUUCUGUUGGUUUUUCGUUUCCUCUUUGGGGGAACCCUUUUCCAGAGAACUGUAAGUUGAUGCUUUGUGUCCUCGGCUCUGUGAUAAAAGCAUUCUGUGUGUGCUGUGCGCA